UGUGUGUGGUAUAUCAUUGAGGUCUCUGCCCUUCCACUAAUCCUCUACCCGCCCUACCCCCCUCUGUUUUUGUUCCUGAAUCCAGUAUAAUAUCCAGGUUGUCCCAGACACAUUCAUCAGGCCCCUCGGUAGCUUCUUACAGAUUAACAGCCAGGGAGUCAGGAGCCGACACGCUAACCUCGCACUCAUCGCUCAGCCUCUAACUAAAGCCGCUUCUGAACCCAGCCGCUGCGGAGCUCACUCUGAGACCUGCGCUGAAGCUGUUCAGGAGGACCUACAAUCGCAGCGGGACCCAGCAGGCAGAGAACACUAGUGGUAUAGCGGCGGGGUGUAACAACGGGGUCUUGUCGUGAAGAGCCAGCGUGUCGGAGGCUGUGGUGACGGUGGUCUUGUUGGGUAGAUCUAACGUGUCGCUGAGGCUGUGGUGACGGUGGUUUUGUCCGGGCACUGCUGGCCGGUCCCGGUUAUGUUCCUGUACAAAGCCCUUAAACACAGAGAUGAAGAGGAGGACGCCGAGUCCCAGAAACCCUGGAUAGAAAGCACUUUCACCAAGAGGGAAUGUGUGUACAUCCUGCCAGUGUCCAAAGACCCCCACAGAUGCCUGCCAGGAUGCAAGAUCUGCCAGCAGCUGGUGCGGUGCUGCUGCGGCCGCCUGGUCCGGCAGCAUGCCGGCUUCCCCGCCAGCCUGGCCGUCCGCUACUCGGACGGGCGGCUGGGUGACGACCCAGACCGCAGCGCGGGGGAGCCCCAGGAGUGGGCGGUGGACCGGCACACAGAGGAGAGCCCAACCGACGCCUACGGGGUCGUCAACUUCCAGGGGGGCUCCCACUCCUACAGGGCCAAGUACGUGCGUCUGUCCCACGACUCGCCCCCGGAGCACGUCCUGCGCCUCAUGCUGAGGGAGUGGCAGAUGGAGCUGCCCAAGAUCCUCAUCUCGGUCCACGGGGGCAUCCAGAACUUCGAGCUGCACCCGCGCAUCAAGCAGGUGGUGGGGAAGGGGCUGAUCAAGGCGGCCGUCACCACCGGGGCCUGGAUCCUAACCGGGGGGGUCAACACGGGUGUGGCGAAACACGUUGGCGAUGCGCUGAAGGACCACUCCACCAGGUCCUCCAAGAAGAUCUGCACUAUCGGCAUCGCUCCCUGGGGGGUGAUCGAGAACCGGAACGACCUCAUUGGAAGAGACGUGAUCGCUCCGUACCAGACGCUGCUGAACCCCCUCAGUAAGCUCAACGUCCUCAACAACUCCCACUCCCACUUCCUGCUGGUGGAUGACGGGACGGUGGGGCGCUACGGGGCGGAGGUACAGCUGCGCCGGCAGCUGGAGAAACACAUCAACCUGCAGAGGAUCCACGCCCGCAUUGGGCAGGGGGUCCCGGUGGUGGCCCUGAUCCUGGAGGGGGGCCCCAACGUGAUCCUGACGGUGCUGGACUACCUGCAGGAGAGCCCCGCCGUGCCUGUGGUGGUGUGUGAGGGGACGGGCCGCGCCGCCGACAUCCUGGCCUACAUCCACAAGCAGACGGAGGAGGGAGGAGGCCUUCCUGAUGGUGUGGAGGCUGACAUCAUCGCCACCAUCAAGAAAACCUUCAACUUCAGCCACAGCGACGCCAUCCACCUCUUCCAGACGCUCAUGGAGUGCAUGAAGAGCAAAGAGCUGAUCACUGUUUUCCACCUCAGCUCUGAGGACCACCAGGACAUUGACGUGGCCAUCCUCAGAGCGCUGCUCAAAGGAACAAACGCCCUGGCCUUCGAUCAGCUGGUCCUGACGCUGGCCUGGGACCGCGUGGACAUCGCCAAGAACCACGUCUUUGUGUACGGGCAGCAGCUCCUGGUUGGUUCUCUGGAGCAGGCCAUGCUGGAUGCCCUGGUGAUGGACAGGGUGGACUUUGUGAAGCUGCUCAUAGAGAACGGGGUCAGCCUCCACCGCUUCCUCACCAUCCAACGGCUGGAGGAGCUCUACAACACGAAACAGCCUUCGAACAACCCCACCCUGCUCCACCUGGUCAGGGAUGUCAAACAGGGUAAUCUGCCCCCAAACUAUAAGAUCACCUUGAUUGACGUGGGCCUGGUAAUUGAGUUCCUCAUGGGCGGGACUUACAGGUGCAACUACACCAGGAAACGGUUCCGGACCAUAUACAACAGCCUGCACGGCAGCAACCGGAGAUCGGGGCGCCACAUGGCGGGCUCCGGUUCUCACCUGAGGAACAGCCACGAGACCUUCAGCAUCCAGGCGGACAAGAAGGAGAAGACCAGACACAGCCACUUCAUUAAGACCGCCCAGCCAUACAAGCCCAAGCCAGAAGUUUCCACAGAGCAGAACAAGAAGAGGAGCAAGGAGGAGAUGGUGGACAUCGACGACCCCGAGACGCGGCGCUUCCCCUACCCCUUCAACGAGCUGCUGGUGUGGGCCGUUCUGAUGAAGAGGCAGAAGAUGGCGCUGUUCUUCUGGCAGCACGGGGAGGAGAACAUGGCCAAGGCGCUGGUGGCCUGCAAGCUCUGCCGCUCCAUGUGCUUCGAGGCCAAGAAGAGCGACCUGGUGGACGACACUUCUGAGGAGCUGAAGGAGUACUCCAAUGAGUUCGGCACGCUGGCCGUGGACCUGCUGGAGGAGUCUUUCCGCCAGGACGAGACCAUGGCCAUGAAGCUGCUCACCUACGAGCUGAAGAACUGGAGCAACUCCACCUGCCUGAAGCUGGCUGUGUCCUCCCACCUGCGGCCCUUCGUGGCUCACACCUGCACCCAGAUGCUGCUGUCGGACAUGUGGAUGGGAAGGCUCAACAUGCGCAAGAACUCCUGGUACAAGGUGAUCCUGAGUAUGCUGGUUCCUCCUGCCAUCCUGCUGUUAGAGUACAAGUCCAAGGCAGAGAUGGCCCACAUCCCUCAGAGCCAGGAUGACCACCAGAUGACCAUGGAGGACAGCGAGCACAACUUCCACCAUAUGGCCGACGACAUCCAGAUGGACGUGUUUAAAGAAGCCAGGUCACAUGACACCACAGAGGUGAAGAAUGACACUGAGACCCACCCCCGCUCCAGGAAGCUGCCCCUGACCAGGAAGAUCUACGCCUUCUACCAUGCCCCCAUCGUCAAGUUCUGGUCCAACACGCUCUUCUACCUGGCCUUCCUGAUGUUCUACUCCUACGUGGUGCUGGUGAAGAUGCCCGAGUGGCCGUCUCCCCAGGAGUGGGUGGUCAUCCUCUACAUCUUCACCUCCGCCGUGGAGAAGAUCCGCGAGAUGUUCAUGUCGGAGGCGGGUAAGAUCAGCCAGAAGAUCAAGGUGUGGUUCAGCGACUACUUCAACGUGUCCGACUUCCUGGCCAUCGUCACGUUCUUCGCGGGCUUCGGGCUGCGGCUGGCGGGGGGCGAGGCCUUCGUCCCGGGCCGGACGGUGUACUGCCUCAACAUCGUCUUCUGGUACGUCCGCCUGCUGGACAUCCUGGCCGUCAACCAGCAGGCAGGGCCCUACGUCAUGAUGAUCGCCAAGAUGGUGGCCAACAUGUUCUACAUCGUGGUGAUCAUGGCCAUCGUUCUCCUGAGUUACGGCGUUCCCAGGAAAGCCAUCCUGUACCCGGAUGAGGAUCCCAGCUGGACGCUGGCCAAAGACGUGGUGUUCCAGCCGUACUGGAUGAUGUAUGGUGAAGUAUACGCGUACGAAAUCGAUGUGUGCGCCAACAACAGCGACCCCUCGGUCAAGAAGCUAUGCACCACCAGCGUGUGGCUCACCCCCCUGCUGCAAGCCGUCUACCUCUUCGUCCAGUACAUCCUGAUGGUCAACCUCCUCAUCGCCUUCUUCAACAACAUCUACCUGCAGGUGAAGUCCAUCUCCAACCUGGUGUGGAAGUACCAGCGCUACCACUUCAUCAUGGCCUACCAUGAGAAGCCCGUCCUGCCGCCGCCCUUCAUCCUGCUCUGCCACGUCUUCUCCCUCUUCUACUGCAUGUGUCGCAAGAGGAAGAAGGAGAGCACCUACGGCCCCAAGCUGUUCCUCACCGAGGAGGACCAGAAGAAGCUGCAUGACUUCGAGACGCAGUGUCUGGAGACCUACUUCCACGAGAAGGACGACGAGUUCCACUCGGGGAGCGAGGAGCGAAUACGAAUCACCUCGGACCGCGUGGAGACCAUGGGCAUCCAGCUAAAGGAGGUGGGCAACAAGGUGAACUUCAUCAAGCGCUCGCUGCACACGCUGGACUCCCAGAUCGGCCACCUCCAGGACCUGUCGGCGCUGACCGUGGACACGCUGAAGGCCCUGACCGCCCAGCGCGCCUCGGAGGCCAGCAAGGUGCAUAACCAGAUCAGCCGGGAGCUCAGCCUCUCGAAGAACGUGGGCCCCGGGGACGCGGGCCCCCAGUCCAAGCCCUCCGCACUGGCCAAGCGCAGCGUGGGGGCCUUCUUCGGCUCCCCUUUCGGCUCCUCCUUCCCGCAGGCCGGGGGCAAUCUGGCCGACUCCCUGUUCGGCCUGGGGGCGGGGGGGGGCGGGGUGCCGGACGCCGGCCGCAGGGCGGGGCUGGGCCACGGGCCGGACCCCGGCGCCCCCCUGGGGGCCGAGCGGAGGGGCUGGAUGGGGCUGGGGAACCUGGCGGGCGUUGAGGCGGGCGUGUCCGGGGGCUUCCCGCCCCGGGCCCCGGCAGCGUCCCCCCCCGAGCUGCGGCACCGGGGGAACUCCUUCACCCAGAGGCAGCUGGGCCGUCCACAGGAGCCCGGCAUCUCCGACUCCUCCGCCAGCCUGCCCAACGUGCCCUCCCCGGGGGCCCGCUUCUACGUCAGCAGCACCCCCUCCCAGCCCAGUGGCUCCAGCCACCCGGAACUCACCCUGACCGGGCCCUACCGCCCCCCCCCCACCGACAGCACCGUGGUGGAGUUCGGGGCGUUCGUCGGACACAAGGACGUCGUGGAGCUUCAGUCCUCCUCCCCCAAAGACAGGCUGCCAGCGCCCAGCAGACAGCCCAGCCCGGGCGCCCGCAGCCGGCCGCAGGCUCCUUCUGAAGUCCGGCCCCACAUGAGGACGGUCAACUCGUACGCUGGCUUCACGGAGUUCGACCAGGGGCCUCCGUUCCUCCACCCGGACUCCUCUCUCAGUAAGACGGAGAGGAGCAGAGUUUCAGCAGAAGACAUCCUCCUCUACGAUGAUCCUUGCGCCACGGUCACGCUGCACCAGGAGAGUCUGCAGGUGAAGUCCGCCCAGGCCAGCAGCCUACGGGCCGGGGGCGAGGAUGUACUGAACGCGGCGGCUUGUCUCUACACCUCCAGACAUGCCCACCUGGGCCCCAGGAAGGACUCAAUCAGCUCCCCCUUCAAGCCCAUGGAGAGCUACCAGUACUCAGCCGUGGAGCGGAACAACCUGAUGAGGCUGUCGCAGAGUAUUCCCUUCACCCCGGUGCCCCCUAGAGGGGAGCCGGUGACGGUGUACCGGCUGGAGGAGAGCUCCCCCAACACCAUCAACAACAGCAUGUCCUCCUGGGCGCAGCGCGGCCUCUGUGCCAAGAUUGAGUUCCUGAGCAAGGAGGAGAUGGGCGGCGGCCUGCGGAGGGCACUCAAGGUGCUGUGCACCUGGUCCGAAUACGACCUCCUCAAGCCCGGACACCUGUACAUCGUCAAGUCCUUCCUGCCCGAGGUGGUGCAGACCUGGCAGAGCAUCUACAAGGAGGAGACGGUGCUGCACCUCUGUCUCAGGGAGAUCCAGCAGCAGCGAGCCGCUCAGAAGCUGACAUUUGCCUUUAACCAAAUCAGGCCGAAGACCAUCCCGUACUCUCCCAGGUUCCUGGAGGUGUUCCUGCUCUACUGCCACUCUGCGGGCCAGUGGUUCGCCAUCGAGGAGUGCAUCACCGGCGAGUUCCGCAAGUUCAACAACAACAACGGAGACGAGAUCGUCCCCACCAAUCUGCUGGAGGAGACCAUGCUGGCCUUCAGCCACUGGACCUACGAGUACACCCGCGGAGACCUGCUGGUCCUGGACCUGCAAGGUGUCGGGGAGAUCCUGACGGAUCCGUCUGUGAUCAAGAGUGGGGAGAAGGGGUCUUAUGAUAUGAUCUUCGGCCCGGCCAACCUGGGGGACGAUGCCAUCAGGAACUUCCGGGCCAAACACCACUGCAACUCCUGCUGCCGCAAGCUCAAACUUCCUGACUUAAAGCGGAAUGACUACACUCCCGACAAGGUGACCUUCCCCCAGGAGGACUCAAGCGACCCGGGGGGCGGGCCUAAGGACUCCCGCCAAUCAAUCAAACUCAUUCUGUGAUUAGUCCAGAGGGUGGUUGCCCUGAGUGACGGUAGAGAGAUUAACUGGACGUCGUGGCUUUGCUUCCUCUAAGGGAUGAACGCAUGCAGAAGCUGUAUUCUGGUAGACCUGUUAAAAUGUUCAGACACUUAACGACCACGAACAUUUGAAGAAGAACAACAACAAACUAUGUAAAUGGGGAAGGGAGAGGUUUUUAAGAUAUUUUUUACACAUUUUUAUGUUUUGACUAUAUAUAUAUAUAUAUAAAUAAAAUUGCUUUUGUGUCAAAAUAUAUAUCUAUAUGUAUGUAUAUAUUUCUAUACAUCUAUAUAUAGAUAUAUCUAUAUAUAAAUAUGUAGAUGUAUAGACAUAAAUGAAAUAGCUUUGUGUCACUGCAGAGGGUCAAGUAUUUAUUCCGAAUCAUUGUUGUUUCAAAGCCACAAACGGGAGGAGGUGUUUGUGAGUCUGUUACCGCCCUGCCGCCACCAGGCCUUCUGCAGAACACCUCCAUCUCGAGGAACACAGAUCAUAGCUUAAUGCAAAGAUUUCAUUUUAAUUUGAAAAAUCGUGUAAAAUAUGGGCAGAUUGCAAUGCAACUUUUACAGUUCCAUGUAAUGUAUUUAAUUUUAUUUUGUUGAACUCUUGAUGUGUCCACCAAAAAUGUGUGAUAGUUUUUAUUGUUUAAAAGGUACUAUUGCUUUAUCUUGGUCAUCAACUAUUGUAUGAGCCAAUUGGAAUCGAGUGUAUCUUAUAGAUACUGUUAUUGACAUGAAGGGAGCAGAUGAAAUAUUUUAUGCAGGGGCAAUAUGAAACAUGGGUGUAACUGUAUGUUUUGUACUGUAUCAUUGAACUAUUAAAACACAUGAAAGUGCUUUCAGUAAGGAAACGUU